GGAAGACGAAGAAGAAGUCUAUCUCACGAGUUCCCGUUUCGUGAAUCUCUCUCUCUGUGUGAACAAAGACGAAGAAGACGAAGAAGACGAAGAGCAAACAAGACGAAGUACCACUGAUAGAAACCCUAGUUUUUUUUUUAAAUUCCGUCGAGGCGUAAUGUCGUCGGAGCUGCAGAUUUCGCCGGCGAUUCACGACCCGCAAGGUCAAGAGAAGCAGCAGCAAGCCGCCGGAGUCGGGAUUUUGCUUCAGAUCAUGAUGCUCGUCCUCUCUUUUGUACUCGGUCAUGUCCUUCGCCGUCAUAAGUUCUAUUACCUACCUGAAGCUAGUGCUUCUCUUCUAAUCGGGCUGAUCGUUGGUGGUUUAGCGAACAUCUCGAACACGGAGACUAGCAUAAGGACAUGGUUCAAUUUCCACGAUGAGUUCUUCUUUCUUCUACAACCUAAACCUUUCUUUUCAAACUUUGGAGCCAUUGUCACUUUUUCAGUUCUUGGAACUUUUGUAGCUUCCAUGGUUACUGGAGUGCUAGUGUACCUUGGCGGUGUGAUGUUUCUCAUGUACAGACUUCCAUUCGUUGAGUGUCUCAUGUUUGGCUCUCUUAUCUCAGCCACUGAUCCUGUCACUGUAUUGUCGAUAUUUCAGGAACUUGGUUCAGAUGUAAAUUUGUAUGCCCUGGUGUUUGGAGAAUCAGUUUUAAAUGAUGCUAUGGCGAUAUCUCUGUACAGGACAAUGUCCUUGGUGAGAAGUCAUUCCUCCGGACAGAAUUUCUUUAUGGUGAUAGUCAGGUUUCUCGAAACAUUUGUCGGUUCAAUGUCUGCAGGCGUUGGACACCUAUUCAAGUAUGCAGGACUGGAUGUUGACAAUCUACAGAACUUGGAGUGCUGUCUCUUCGUGCUUUUUCCAUAUUUCUCAUACAUGCUUGCUGAAGGUCUCAGUCUAUCUGGCAUCGUAUCGAUUCUAUUUACAGGGAUUGUCAUGAAACAUUAUACCUACUCAAACUUGUCUGCAAAUUCUCAGCGAUUUGUGUCUGCAUUUUUCCAUCUGAUAUCUUCACUGGCAGAGACUUUUGUGUUCAUCUACAUGGGUUUUGAUAUUGCCAUGGAAAAGCAUAGUUGGUCACACUUGGGAUUCAUCUUAUUCUCUAUUUUAUUUAUCGUAAUAGCAAGGGCAGCUAAUGUGUUUGGUUGUGGAUAUUUGGUCAAUCUGGCACGACCUGCUCAUAGGAAAAUACCAAUGACGCAUCAAAAAGCACUUUGGUACAGUGGACUUCGAGGUGCUAUGGCUUUUGCUCUUGCUCUACAAUCUGUUCACGAUCUCCCAGAAGGACAUGGUCAAACUAUAUUUACUGCAACUACAGCCAUUGUUGUUCUGACGGUGUUGCUGAUUGGAGGAUCCACUGGUACAAUGCUUGAAGCCCUAGAGGUUGUAGGUGAUAGCCACGAUACAUCCUUAGGUGAUGGCUUUGAGGUGGUGAACAGUCGUUAUAUGACUAGUUAUGAUGAUGAAGAUACACCGCCAGGAAGUGGAUUCAGGACAAAACUAAGAGAGUUCCAUAAGAGCGCGGCAUCAUUCACAGAACUAGAUAGGAACUACCUAACACCGUUCUUCACAAGUAACAAUGGAGAUUAUGAUGAUGAGGGUAACAUUGAGCAACACCAUGAAGAGCGAAUCCCAUUUACUAGAAGAGGAAGUGAUGGUCUUUCGUUACGCAAUUCGAAAAGAAAUGUCGGAAAUCCCAAGUUUUUCUCAGUCAAUCGGAGGAGAUUGGCGCGUGCGGCUCUGGUUCAAGCUAGGCCUAAGGAAGAUGGAGCGGCCUCGAGUCCUUCUCCAUCGUCGAGACCGACUACGGCGUCCGUUGUGCAGUACCGACGAGCUGAUCUCGCGGAUGAUCUUCAAGCUGAGGCACGAGCUUUGGGUCGUGCUGUUGAUGCUUCUAUUUAUUCUCCGGAGCUCAUCGCCAGGAAACAUGGCUCUCAGCCUUUCAAGGCUUUGCGGAGAAGUUUGGAGAUAUUGGGAGCUUUGGGUGGCUUCGCUUUGAAAUUGGGGAUUGAUCAGAAGCAAGGCAACUUAGAGAAGAACAUGAAGAAGCGAGCUGGUGAGCUCCGUCGGAUUUUCACUCGUCUGGGACCUACUUUUGUUAAAUUGGGUCAAGGUUUGUCCACCCGACCCGACCUCUGUCCACCCGAUUACCUUGAAGAACUUGCAGAGCUUCAGGAUGCUUUGCCAACCUUCCCUGAUGCAGAGGCAUUUGCUUGCAUUGAGAGAGAGUUGGAUUUGUCUCUAGAGUCCAUUUUCUCGUCUGUAUCCCCUGAGCCAAUCGCAGCAGCUAGUCUUGGCCAGGUUUACAAAGCUCAGCUGAGGUAUUCCGGUCAGGUUGUUGCUGUCAAAGUUCAACGCCCUGGAAUCGAAGAAGCCAUUGGCCUUGAUUUUUACCUUAUUAGAGGAGUUGGAAAACUCAUCAACAAGUAUGUAGACUUCAUCACUACCGACGUCCUUACCCUUAUCGAUGAGUUUGCCUGCAGAGUUUAUCAGGAGCUUAACUACGUUCAGGAGGCCCAAAAUGCCAGAAGGUUUAAAAAACUGUAUGCUGAUAAAGCGGAUGUUCUUGUUCCUGAUAUAUUCUGGGAUUACACGAGCCGCAAGGUUCUAACAAUGGAAUGGGUUGAAGGAACUAAACUGAAUGAGCAACUUGCAAUUGAGAGUCAGGGAUUGAAGGUUCUGGAUCUCGUGAAUACAGGAAUCCAGUGUAGCCUAAGGCAACUCUUGGAGUAUGGCUUUUUCCAUGCUGACCCUCAUCCUGGUAAUCUCUUGGCAACACCUGAUGGAAAACUUGCCUUUCUAGACUUUGGUAUGAUGAGUGAGACACCAGAGGAAGCUAGAUUUGCUAUCAUAGGUCAUGUUGUUCACUUAGUGAACAGAGAUUAUGAAGCCAUGGCCCGAGAUUACUAUGCUUUGAAGUUCUUGUCCCCUGAUGUGGAUGUUACUCCCAUCGUACCAGCUCUCAGAGACUUCUUUGACGAUGCACUUAAUUAUACAGUGAGUGAGCUCAAUUUCAAAACUUUGGUUGAUGGUCUAGGUGCUGUCUUCUACCAGUAUCCAUUCAAUGUCCCGGCCUACUAUGCUUUGAUUUUGAGGUCGCUUACUGUACUUGAAGGUUUGGCACUUUACGCAGAUCCUAAUUUCAAAGUGCUAGCUGCUUCAUACCCAUAUUUUGCCAAAAGGCUUCUCACUGAUCCAAACCCGUAUCUAAGAGAUGCCCUUAUCGAGCUUCUAUUCAAAGAUGGAAAAUUUAGAUGGAAUAGACUCGAGAACCUUCUACAACAGGGAAGUAAAGAUAGAGACUUCUCAGCAAAGGAUGCUCUACAACCAGUUUUGAAGCUGUUGCUGGAUCCAAAUGGUGAAGAGCUUCGACUGUUAGUAAUUAAGGAAGCUGUACGAGUCAGUGAAGCAAUUGCGCUGGGCACUGUUGUUGAUACAUACAAUUCCCUUCCUGAGUUUCUGAGAUCUCUUGUCUUCAAUGGAAAUGGGAAUGGCCCUCUUACAAUGAGUACCACGGAACUUCAAAGCACGCUUGAGCUUCGGGAUCAGGUCUCUAGAAUCUGGGGCCUUCUUCAAUCUUCAGAAAGCUUUGAUCCUGCUAUUUUGCAACCAAUACUACAGGUGUUACAACAACCAGAGGCACGAAGACUUGGAGGACGUGUUGCAGGCGGUGUAGGCCAACGUCUUGCAGCUCGGUUUCUGCAACAACUUCUUCGAGCCACAACACCAUCUUCGGCACCAACCCCAUAGGUCCUCUUUUCUUCUCAGUGAAAUGGUAUAUUGUAUAUUAAGGCGAGACACUCGCAAACCACAGAAUUGCUUCAUGUUAUAGUAAUAUAGUAUCAUUCUUUCU